AUGAACGCAGAAAACACGCUCAUGACCGAAGCUCUCGACGAAAAGGCAGACGGAGUCGUGACCGUUGAGACGACCGAAGAGGAUGCUGCACUCGACAAGCGCAUCCUGCGCAAGAUUGACGGUGUGGUCUUGACGCUGGUCACUAUCGUCGCCACCCUCGAGUUUUUGGAUAAGAAUGGCAUGGCCUAUGCGGCCGUCUUUGGUAUGCGGCAAGAUACCGGUCUCGUAGGCCAAGAGUACUCCUGGCUCGGCUCGAUCUUCUACUUUGGUUACCUCGGUGCUCUCAUUCCGUGCCUCUGGCUCGUCAACGUCGUUCACACCGGUAUGUUUGUCGGUGUCGCCACCACUUGCUGGGGCAUUGUCAUCCUCUCCAUGGCCGCCUGCAACAACUUUGCUGGUCUCGCUACAGUCCGGUUCCUCCUCGGUGUAUUCGAAGCGGGUAUCCUUCCAGCGUUCAUGAUCAUCCAGUCCAAGUGGUGGAAGAGAGAAGAGCAGGCAUUGCGAACUGCUUUGUGGUACAACACCUUUGCGGGCAUCUUUGGCGGUAUUCUGAGUUACGCAAUCGGACAUAUUCAGGGCAAUCUGGCGACAUGGCGGUACAUCUUCCUCAUCUAUGGCGCGGUGACUGUCUUUGUCGGCAUCCUCGUCACCAUAAUGCUACCAGACCGGCCUGGGACCGCUUGGUUCCUGACUGCGCGAGAAAAGGAACGGGCACAGGAGCGACUAGCCGGGAAUCAGCAGGGCGCCGACAGCAAGAAUUUCAACCCGCGCCAUUGCCUCGAGGCCAUUACUCAGCCUCAGUACUGGGUAGUCAUCCUGUUUGUCAUCGCUCAGUCGAUCACCAACGCCGGUAUUACCAACUUCAACCCGCUGAUCAUCGCCGGCUUUGGGUACGACCAGCAAACCACGACCCUUAUGGCUACCCCUCAAGCUGCCGUCGCACUUGUUGGGCAGAUCAUCUUCUCCUUUAUCGCCCUCUAUGUCCCUAACAUCCGGUGUCUGCUAUGGAUGAUCGCCUGUCUACCGGCUCUCGUCGGCGCCAUCCUCAUCAACACUCUUGAUCCGGUUACACAGCGUGCUGGUGCCCUUACCGGUGUCUAUCUUAUGGGUUUCUAUAAUGUGCCUUGGGUACUUUGCCUUUCGCUCGUCACCUCGAAUACCUCGGGUACGACCAAGAAGGCGUUCGCGUCCGUGUCUGUCGCUGUCGCGUAUGCGGUUGGGAAUGUAGUCGGGCCUCAACUAUUCUUGGCGAACCAGGCGCCGUUCUACAAGCUCGGUCUCUAUGCCAUGAUGGUCUGCUUUGCAAUUAUGUUUCUUUGCGGUGGCGCAUAUUGGGCGAUCGCGUACUCCGAGAAUAAGCGCAGGGACCGGCUGUAUGGUGUGCCUAAUCUGGAUCGACAGACGGUUGUAGAGACGGCCUUCAAUACGGGCGAUACAGACAAGGUCAACAAGGACUAUAGGUAUUCUUACUGA